AUGCCCGUUGACGAAAAUUCUCAUUUUUUCGAAAAUAAUGGAGUUAAAAUUCAUUAUCACCUUUACGGGCAGGGCCCAGCAUUGGUUUUUGUACAUGGCCAUCCAGAUAACGAAAUGACCUGGUCGAAGCAGAUUGAUGACUUCUCUAAAGACCAUACUGUCAUUCUCCCAACUGUACGAGGAUACCCACCCAGCGACGUCCCAUUAUACGAGAAUGCCUACGAAGGCCAUAUAAUGGCAAGCGAUAUGGUAGCACUUCUGGAUCAUCUGGACUUCGACAAAGCCGUCUUCGCUGGCGGUGAUAUCGGUGGUAUCAUCGUCCAGAAGCUUGCCUGGUAUCAUCCCGACCGGGUUGCGGGACUCGUAAUCUUCAACACCUUAAUCAUGGGCACUAUGAUGCAUCUUAUCCACCAUGACAAGGAACAGCAAGAAAUUUCCAAGUUCUCGGUAAAGUUCAUCAAUCACAAUCCUGGCGACCCUUGGGAUGUGGACCAUGUGGUCCGUACAAUUGAAGAUCCAGAAUAUCGUGCGAAAAUCAAGAAAUAUCUCCAGGAAUCUCCCGAAGGUGGCAUGUUCUACUUCUUCCGUAAGAACUACCCUGGACCUCCUUACGGCCAAGAUAUCGACACCUCAGGGAUGCAUUAUACAAUGCCCUGUAUUAUCAUCUGGGGAAUGAAUGAACCGUAUUUGUCUGAUAAAAUUCUUGACGGCUUCUACAAGUGGUUUGAUCAGUCUGUCCGGGUGGUUACACUCCCCAACGCUGGACAUUGGCUGUGGCGGGAUGAUCCGGUUAAGGUGAAUAGGGAACUGCGAUGGUGGCUGAACGCGCUUGAGGCCGGGAAGCUCUAA